CAGCAACAGAAUUGCCAACUUGUUGUUCAUGCGAUUCUUUAACGUCAGUAGCAUGUAGAGGUGUGGUAACAAGGACAAAAAUUUUAGGAAUACUUGGUCAAUUUUCGGAUAAAUAUGUUCCCCCAAUACUGAUUGAGAAACGUAAUUUUGUCGACAAAUUUUGGUCAAAAGAACUUCAACGCAUAUACCAAUUUGGCGAACUCAAAUUGCUUGCCUGUGAUAACGAGAAUGCAUAUUUCGUUAAAAUAUCAAAAGACGCUCGACGUAUG